CAAACAGCACGGUUCAAAUUUUGCUUUUCAUCUGCCGCUCUAACUUUUUUAAACAACUUUUUUUUUAUAAAUGCAAAGUAUUAUAUUCAAACAAUGAUAAAAACAAGGCGUGAGAAAUUUUCCAUGGAAGACGUGGAAAAGGACCCACUGGCAUUGCCGUUGCCAAAGAGUGCCUGCAGGACACAGUGCAUUGUGCACACCUGCAGACAACGGUUGGUCGAAGGCAUAUCGCUGCAUACUUUUCCCAAAAAAGAGGACAAAAAGAGAUACGAGACCUGGCUGAGGGUGCUUAAAUUAUCUUAUGAACCGAGCAAAUCGACCAGAGUUUGCAGCAACCACUUCAGCAUACCCAACUUCAUACCUCCAGAUGUACACAGGACGACUUCAAGAAUGAUCCUCCGGCCGAAUGCCAUACCAGAUAUGAACUUGCCACAAGCCCGAGAAAAACCUAAGGUGACCAAAAAGCCCGUCGCAAAAAAAGCUAACACUUCCCAAAAGUCCCGAAAACCGGCAAAAAAACGAAGUUAGCAUUUUGCUGCCUUGCUUCUAAGAAGGUAAGUUUUAAAAAAUCUUUCUUCUGAUGUUGAAUGAAUCGGUCCACACAGAUAUGAGGAAGUUGAAAUUUAAUAAUUCAUCUUUAAUAUAAUUUGUUCCAUGGGAUGAGAUGUUAAUACAAAUGAACGAAAAAUGAGA